AUGGCGUACAAUACGUUAAGCGUGAAAAGCAAGCCCGCGGGCCCAGCCCAGUCGCUGCGAAUUACCCCAUCCAACUCACCUUCCAUACGACCGCCAACCCGCUCCUCCAACAAACCAUCUCUAUAUCAGUCAGCUUUAUCCCUUCAGACAGUUAUCGGCACCACGACAACUACCCCCAAUGGGUUCUCUUAUCAUGAUCAAAGCAAGUCGUUUGCAUUCUGUGCUGGAUCCGCCGGUGUCUUAGCAGAACUGGAUGAUGGCGAUAAUGUGAAUCAACGCUUUUUCCGUGCUCGGCCAACAGCCAACAGCAUAAAUCCAAUAACGUCAUUCUACAAUCAAUCCACGCCCCCAACCACACCCGAUAAUAGGGCAAAGUCUCUGCCAGGUAUAAAGGCGACACCGCAUAACGGCAACUAUAAUGGUUCAUCGUCAACUGAAAUGGCGGAAGCACCUAGUCCCCGUUCGUGGUCAUCUAGGGAAAGGGUGAAGGCCGUUACUAGUAUCGCCAUAAGUCCGAAUGGAAGGUUCCUUGCUCUAGGAGAGACGGGCUAUAACCCCAGGGUCUUGAUCUUUUCAACUGCAAAAGACGCACCUCCCGAUAUUCCGCUCUCCAUUCUCACCGAACAUACAUUUGGCGUCCGUGCACUUGCUUGGAGCUCGAACUCACAAUACUUGGCAACACUGGGGAACGUGAAUGACGGGUUCCUCUUUGUAUGGUCCAUCGGGCUCAAGAAUGGCUCAGCCAGGCUCCACUCGACGAACAAAUGUACUACCGUUGUUCGUGACAUGACUUGGCUAGGUCACGCUUUGAUCACUGUGGGUGUCCGGCAUGUGAAGGUUUGGAGACUUCCCGAUAUCAGGCCUGCAUCCCCAACCAAAUCUCGUGCCAAUACCGGCGAUGGCCCCAGCAACACCGCGCCAAAGGCCCUUUCUGGAAGAAACUGCGUUUUAGGAGCCCUGGCCGACAAUACCUUCACUAGCGUCGUCGGGAUUACCGACUCCGAGGCUGUGGUUGGUACUGACUCUGGAGCACUCUGUAUUGUUGACGACAGGGAUGGCAAUGCCAGACUUACUCUCAUUCGGUACAUGGAGUUCGGCAUCACGUCACUAACAUCUGACCCAGACCGGGCCUGUUUAUGGGUAGGCGGUCGUGGUAGACGAAUGCGAAGACUUGCCUUUGAAUCCUUGCGAGCAGCAUGCAGCCCAUCGUCUCCACGCACGUCUAGUCGGUCAUCAACGGAGCUAAAAUCUAAAGAACCAGCCAUCACUUGUAUUGGUUCUCUUAUGUCUCACGUGGUUACUGUUGAUAGUACCAAGGCUAUCCAUAUAUAUCCCGCCGAAGACUUAAACGAUGAAGUUGACAGCUGUGACACGGGAACCACUAUGCCUGCCCAUAGAGAUUCCGUUCUCGGUAUAGAGCCACUGAGUACACCAAACUACCUGAGAGCAGAUUUUUUUACUUGGUCUUGCAAGGGUGUCGUCAAAUUUUGGAACACCCAGGGCGGGUGCUGCGACACGCGGACAAUCCCUGUUGAGCCGCUCUUAGGCGGCGAUGACGACAAUCUUAAUGAGCUCAAGAUAUUGCGUGCAAGCAAGGACAUGAACUUGUUUGUCUCCGGGGACAAACUCGGUGUUUUACGUAUAUUCCAGGGGCAACCGUGGAAAUGUGUGAAUGAAGUUAGAGCCCAUGGAGGGGAGAUCACAGAUAUCGCUUUAUAUGAGACUCCAGAUUCCUGCAUCGUUGCUAGCUCAGGGCGUGAUCGGAUGGUGCAGCUUUUCGAAAGGCGUGACGAUAGCCUUCAGCUGCUUCAAACCAUGGAUGACCACGUCGGCUCUGUAGGCCAGCUUCUUUUUGUCAAUGGAGGAGAACGGCUACUAUCCUCUUCUGCGGAUCGUACUGUUCUCAUAAGAGAACGUGUCACCCGCGAAACCGACGGUGCAACAGCCAUUGCCUACAUGAUAUCGAAGGUGAUUACCUUGAGAUCAUCCCCGGUAUCUAUGUCAUUAUCUCCGGAUGACCCAGACAGCAUAAUUUUCUCAACUAUUGAUCGUUGCGUACAACAAUAUGAAAUGAGCUCCGGUCGUCAUGUUCACUCUUUCCGCGCAGCUGAUUCCGAAUCUAAUGAUACGGUGGUCAUGGGCUCGUUAACGGUCACCUCUGCUAUCUCCGGACAAAACCCUAAAAUGCUCAUCGGGGUCUCAGGAACUGAUAAAUCGAUCCGUGUAUAUGAUAUGGAAAAAGGGGCACUUCUCACAGGCGAAUUCGGCCACACUGAGGGCGUCAGUGACGUCCGACUUCUUGAAAAAUAUUCUCAUCCAUCAAGCGACUCACCGGAGCGAAUAUUGAUCAGCUCAGGCAUCGAUGGGGUAGUCAUGAUUUGGAACAUAUCUGUGCAGUUACAACAACCUCAGGAAUAUACCCAACCUACACAGGCGAUUCCUAACGACGAGGAGGAAAUUGCUUCUAAGGAUCCAACACUAUCGAAACCCCCUCUGCGAAAAGUAUUAUCUCGCUCAGACCUUGCGGGAUUUCAACGACCGGACGGCUUAGCGUUGACUCCUACCCCGGUGCGCGAAACUUCGGAGCAGUCUCCGCUUUUAUUGCGCAGGCUAUCUCGGGCAUCUCUUGUUUCAUCAAUGAGGAACGGGAACGUAAUGCCAGCAACACCUCCCUCUGCACCUACACGUCGCUCGCCUACCUCUUCCAUUCGCCCCGAGAGAACGCGUAAUUCUCCGUCGCCGCCGAGCCCAAAAUCCACGGGUGGGAAAAAGGCCUUGGAGUCACGGAGUCACAACAAUAUUCGCUGUUCAUCUCUGGAUUUUCGGACACGGGCUCGAGCAUCUGGUAAAAGCGAAUUUGGAAGUUUGAACAUGUCGACCGAACAGGUAUGCCGUACACUGAAGGCAUACAGAAAGAAGCUCAAUGGGUCUACUGAGCAUCUACAUUCCCAAAAGGAGCUAGAGCGUGAACUUAGCCUCACUUUACGGGCUCUCAACUCUCGAGCAAAGAAAUCUGAGACCGAGUCGGGCGAAACUGAGACCGAUAGCAGCGGUAAAGAAAACGAGCGGAUCCCUCGUCCUCCCAUUCCAAACAGAACACCUCGCAUACCUCGUCGAAUUCCGUCAACCCCAAACCUAGGCCAAAAGAAGUCGCCAAAAUAUUCUCGCAGGCGUUCCCUUGACGCAGCUGGAGAAGGCUGA